AUAUGGUACAGGAUCCCAGUGGGCCCUGACCCAGGGCUGUGAUUGGCCUGAGCUGGACAAUGCCACUGUGAGGUCGGCCCACUCCUGCUGUAAAAUGGAGGCUCCUGAGCCCUGGGGGUCAGUGGAGCUGCCAUCCGGACACAGAUCAUGAGUGGUGGCUAUGAUCUCAACCUCUUCGCCAGCCCUCCCGACUGCAACUUCCUGUGCUCUGUGUGCCAUGGGGUUCUCAAGAGGCCAGUGAGGUUGCCAUGCAGCCAUAUCUUCUGCAAGAAAUGCAUCCUCCGGUGGCUAACCAGACAGAAGACCUGUCCGUGCUGCAGGAAAGAGGUGAAAUGGAAAAAGAUGGUCCACGUAAAUAAACUCCGCAGGACGAUUGGCCGCCUGGAAGUCAAGUGCAAGAAUGCGGAAGCAGGCUGCUUGGUGACGUGCCCCCUGGCCCAUCGAAGGGGGCACCAGGACUCAUGCCCUUUCGAGCCGAUGGCCUGCCCUAACGAGGGCUGCACGGCACGGGUGCCACGUGGGGCUCUGGCUGAGCACCGGCAGCACUGCCAACGUGGGGCCCAGCAGCAGUGCCCACUGGGCUGUGGGGCCACCCUGGGCCCCGCGGAGCGUGCACACCACAACUGCUACCGGGAUCUGCGCGACGCCUGGAACCAGCGUCAGGAGCGCAGCCGGAUCCUGGUGCUGGGCCUGCUGCGGCGCAUGCGCAAAGUGCACCGCACCACCACUCUCAUCCGCAGGCAGCUGGCCCAGCUCGGGGACUUCCUGGAGGAGGACGACGCGCUGCUCAUGGGAGCCCCGCAAGGGGAGGCCGAGGCCACCCCAGAAGGCAGCACUGGGGCCGAGGUUGGGGGCCCCAGGGCCACGGUACCGUGUAAAUUGAGGGGAAAAUAAACGCAGAUCCCAGGCCUAACCCGCCCCGCCGCCUCUGUGCCUGCCGGCCUCACAGCUUUAUCCCAUUUGCCACCAGCCCCACUUCCAGGUACUACUGCCUUCACCACGCGGGCACACUGGCCUUUCUCCCUGGGCCGCUCCUGCCCGUAAGGCUCUUCUCCUUGCUCUCCGUUUGCCUGCUUUCUUUUCCCUCGGAUGCCUCUUCCUCGCAGAGGUUUUCCCUGAUCUCCCAGUCUCCUUCCUGUUACCUCUACUAAGUCUGUUAACCAACUUCCCAAUCAGCCAACCGCUCAAGCCCUCAACUCCUAGGAGAAGCCUACGCCUCACAGGGAAACCCCAUUAUCUCUGAUCUCCUGCCCCUAUGGUCUCCGGACCCCUGUAGCCACAAGCACUGUCCCCCCAGGCAGCCACAGGGGUCCCCGCUCUACUCGGGCGACACCUUACCUUCUCCACCGCCCCAUUUAAAAGCGCACCUCCUGCACUCCGCCCCGUCCCGUUGCCGAGAUCUGUUCUUUCCACAGCACGAAUCGCCCACCGCUCCCGAUGACUCCUUGCCCGACCUCCCCCAGCCCUCUCUCCUCUAGCACCUGCUUCCCCGGGGCCUCCCAAACGUCUAGAACAGCGCUUUGCAGGUAGAAUGUGAUCAAUAAAUAUCUGAGAGGCUCCG